AUGGCAAAUCUUAAUGGAGCUUUCGGGAUCGUAUUAAAUAUCAUAAUUAUAUGUUAUAUCUCAACUCAUGUAAACAGCGAUUUUGAAUUCACAAAUAUAGAAUGCAAGGUUUCUGAUGAAUUUUGCAAAAUCGAAACUUGUUUUUUGAAAUCUAUAAAUCGCACAUACAAAUACGCUAGCGUGAAGAUACAACUGUUGAAACCUAUAAACAAAUUUUGGGCUCACGUGACUUUCAUGAAACGUUUAAAUGGAUAUAAGCCAUUUCUUUAUAAUUACUCCGUUGAUCUUUGCAAAUUAAUUCGGAAUCCUAAAUCAGCAAAUAAAGUGGCGCUUUUCUUUUUUAGUCUUUUUAGUUCAUAUUCCAAUUUAAAUCACUCAUGUCCUUAUAGUGGGUUUCUUAUUGUGGAAAAGCUUCCCAUUAGUCAUCUCAAUUAUAAACUUAGCAAAGUUCUACCUAUACCUGGUGGUGAUUAUAAGAUUGUCUCCCAUUGGAUAAUGGACAAUUUUCGUGCUAUGGAUCUCAAUGUUUAUUUUAGAAUUUAA